UUAUUCGCGCCGCCGCGGCAGCUCCGGCGUAUACCAGUAUUGCCGUCCACCCAGCCGCCAAGAUGCUGCGGGCCUGUCAUUUAUCGGGCGUGACUGCUGCUGCUCAGAGUUGUUUCUGUGGUAAAUUUGUCCUUCGUCCAUUGCGACCCUGCCGUAGAUAUUCUUCUUCAGGCAGUUCUGGAUCGACUGCUGGCAAAAUCGUUGGAGCUGGCCUUCUGUUUGUUGGUGGAGGUAUUGGUGGCACUAUCUUAUAUGCCAAAUGGGAUUCCCAUUUCCGGGAAAGUGUAGAGAAAACCAUACCUUAUUCAGACAAACUCUUUGAGAUGAUUCUUGGUUCUGCACCUUACACUGUUCCAUUGCCAAAGAAGCCGAUUCAGUCUGAUCCACUAAAAAUCUCUGGUGUAUCAGAGGCAACGAAAGAAUCUAAACAGCCUGCCUCCUACCUCCAGAAACAAAAAGGAGACAUUCCAGCUUCAACAACAGCACCUACAGAGGCAGCUCAAAUUAUUUCUGCAGCAGGUGAUACACUGUCAGUCCCCGCUCCUGCGGUUCAACAUGAGGAAUCCGUAAAACUUGAUCUCUCUGCAGUUGGUGAAGGAAAACCCAUGCCUGCAACUUCAGAGGAAGCAUCCUCAUCUACUGUAAGAGAACGACCACCUGAAGAAGUUGCAGCUCGUCUUGCACAACAGGAAAAGCAAGAACAAGUUGAAAUUGAGUCCUUAGCCAAGAGAUUAGAAGAUUCUCUGAGCCAAACUGCUCGCAUCACUCUGCAGGCAAUUGCAGCUCAAAAGGCUGCAGUGCAGGCUGUGAGUGCACACUCCAGUAUACUGAAGGAGGCCAUGGACAAUUCAGAGAUUGUAGGUGAGGAGAAGUCAGCCCAGUGGCGCACAGUGGAGGGUGCAUUGAAGGAACGCAGAAAGACAGUAGACGAAGCUGCUGAUGCCCUUCUCAAAGCCAAAGAAGAAUUAGAGAAGAUGAAAAGUGUAAUUGAAAAUGCGAAGAAAAAGGAGAUUGCGGGGGCCAAACCUCAUAUAACUGCUGCAGAAGGGAAGCUUCACAGUAUGAUUGUUGAUCUGGAUAAUGUGGUCCAAAAGGUCCAGGCAGCUCAGUCGGAGGCUAAGGUUGUAUCUCAGUAUCAUGACUUGGUCGUCCAAGCCCGGGAUGACUUCAAACGAGAGCUGGAGAGUAUUACUCCAGAAGUACUGCCGGGGUGGAAAGGAAUGAGUAUUUCUGACCUAGCUGACAAGCUGUCUACCGAUGAUCUGAACUCCCUAAUUGCUCACGCACACCGUCGCAUUGACCAGCUAAACAGAGAGCUAGCAGAACAGAAAGCCACAGAGAAGCAGCACAUUGCAUUAGCCUUGGAAAAACAGAAGCUGGAAGAAAAGCGGGCAUUUGACUCUGCGGUGGCAAAAGCAUUAGAACGUCACAGAAAUGAAAUAGUGGCUGAACAGGACAGAAAGGUAGAAGAAGUCCGAGACGCCAUGGAAAUUGAAAUGAGAACCCAGCUCCGCCGACAGGCUGCUGCCCACACCGAUCACUUACGAGAUGUCCUUAGGGUACAAGAACAGGAACUGAAAUAUGAAUUUGAGAAGGACAUGUCUGAGAAACUUGCUGAACAAGAACUACAGUAUCGUCGUCUCAGUCAAGAGCAGGUUGACAACUUUACUCUGGAUAUAAACACUGCCUAUGCCAGACUGAGAGGAAUCGAACAGGCUGUUCAAAGUCAUGCCGUUGCUGAAGAGGAGGCCAGAAGAGCCCACCAACUUUGGCUUUCAGUUGAAGCAUUAAAGUACAGCAUGAAGACGGCAUCUGCAGAUCUGCCCACUGUCCCGUUGGGCAGUGCAGUUGAGGCCAUCAGAAUCAACUGUUCUGAUAAUGAAUUUACCCAGGCUUUAACCGCAGCUAUACCUCCAGAGUCCCUGACCCGUGGGGUGUACAGUGAAGAGACCCUUAGAGCCCGUUUCUAUGCUGUCCAGAAACUGGCCCGGAGGGUAGCAAUGAUUGAUGAAACCAGAAAUAGCUUAUACCAAUACUUCCUCUCCUACUUGCAGUCCCUGCUCCUAUUUCCGCCUAAGCAGCUGAAGCCACCACCGGAGCUCUGCCCUGAGGAUAUAAAUACAUUUAAGUUAUUGUCAUAUGCCUCCUAUUGCAUUGAGCAUGGAGAUCUGGAGCUGGCAGCAAAGUUUGUCAAUCAGCUGAAAGGAGAGUCCAGACGAGUGGCACAGGACUGGCUGCAUGAAGCCCGAAUGACCCUAGAAACUAAACAGAUAGUGGAAAUCCUGACAGCAUACGCCAGCGCCGUAGGAAUAGGAACCACUCAAGUGAAGCAAGAAUAAGGUCUGAGAAGAGUUUUUGUAAAGUCACAUUUCAUAUCAAGGGAAAUCAGCAGUGAUACGUUUAUGAGGGCUUUGCAGCAAGGGUCCCAGAAUUGUCUAGAAAUGAGCAGGUUACAGAUACUGGGCUAAAUGUUAACACCUGUUGCAGUUAUAUUAUUUCCACUUGCUAUCAUGUCAGUGAACUCCAAGAGUGCUUUCUUUGCAACUUGUGUAACAUUUUCUGUUUUUCAGGUUUUACUGAUCAGGCUUGUGAGCCAAUCAAAAUAAUGUUUGUGAUCCCUACUAUUGAUUUUUGCCCUUGGAGCAAACUGAAUAAAGCAACAAGAUGAAAA